AUGCUAGCGGUAAUACCGGCGCCGGCGUUAUUGACCAAAACAUCGAGUUUUCCAAAGUGUUUGACAGUUGUGUCAACAAGUCGUCGCAAGUCUUCCGGUUUAGUCACAUCCGCCACCACUUCCAGUGCUUUCGACUGUUUCGGCGAUACUUUGAGACACUCUUUGGCCACUGCUGACACUCUAUCGGCUCGUCUACCGUUCUCCAGAGCCGGUGCUAAUGUUGUGGUCACCGGUAGACGAGCCGAUAAAGUGUCAGAAGUGGCCAAAGAGUGUCUCAAAGUAUCACCGAAACAGUCGAAAGCACUGGAAGUGGUGGCGGAUGUGACUAAACCGGAAGACUUGCGACGACUUGUGGACACAACUGUCAAACACUUCGGGAAACUCGAUGUUUUGGUGAAUAACGCCGGCGCCGGUAUUGCCGCUAACAUCAGUGAUAAGAAUUUUUACGACAAUUACCUGAAAGUAAUGCAAAUAAAUCUCAAUUCUGUGGUCUAUUUAACGCAUAUAUGUGUCGAGCAUUUGGAGAAAACAAAGGGAAAUGUUAUCAACAUCUCGAGUAUCGCUGCCAUGCGAGCCUUUACAGGCUUUUCGCCAUACAGUGUGGCAAAGGCUGCGAUGGAUAUGUUCACCAAAUGUAUGGCCGCGGAGUUGGGACCCAAACGUAUCCGCGUUAAUGUCAUCAACCCUGGUCCAAUUCGUACUGAAUUUAUGGAGGCAAUGAGUACACCUAAGGAGAUGGCCGAUAAGAUUUUUGACGCCUACGGGAAGUUGACCAUGGUAGGUCGCGUAGGGGAAUCCAAUGAUGUGGGUGAUUCCAUUCUCUACCUGGCCAGUGACCAUGCUGCUUUUGUAACCGGCACUAAUUUGAUUGUGGACGGGGGUGUUCUUGCAGCCAAUAGCAUCAAUUCCGAUGCUCUGAAGGAUUUCAUGUAAACCAUGUUUAUCUACAUUUCACUCAACAUUUUGGAUUGUUGAGUAAUUUC